AUGUCUCUGACUCGCCCCCAACUCAUUCUUCAAAUAACAGGUUGUCUCUUGGGUCUCUGGCUUACAGCCAUCGCGCUCCACAUUUCCCUCCACCCAUACCUUCUGACAGGUCCCCCGUCGAAUCCAGGAGACAUCAUCCUCCUCUGGACCAUCGCACCGGCAAUUUGGUGGACAGCGUUUAUCUGGCUAUGUGACACUGUGAGGUCUCUGUACCAAGAUGCCAUAUACGUUUUCCUCAUAGGAUCUUGUGUUGGCACUGCAUUUGGAAUUCUCGCGGCGGUUCUCCUCGUUGAUGACGAGAAAUGGGGUCCUCUGGUCUGGGGUCUCGGGGCUUUGUGGGCAGUGACUUUGGUUGUGACAGCAAUUGCGAUAUAUUUUGUAUGCAGUCGUCGAAUCUCAUGUCCGGGAUUGGGGGCAGAGCAUACGGGGGAGUGCCAAAGUCAGAACUAUGAAGACUUGAGGGGAAGGAGCAGUGAGAGUACGAUUUUUAGUGAGGAGGAUAUUGAGAUAGCAAGCUUGAGUGAAGAUGAGCAAGACACUUUGUUGCAUGGAGUUUAA